GAAAUGUCUACUGCGAAUUUGGACCUAAUGGCACGGGAGAGCUGACAGAACGCUUUUAGCUUCCCGCCUUAUCUCUCCUCUUAUGGUACUUUCCUGCGCUGCAAUUUAAAAAUCUCUCAGUGAAAACACAACUUACUAUUCAUUUCCAAUCGAUCGCGUAAUGUGACGUUCUUUCGGAGAUUUCAUGUCGAAUAAAACUAAAACUUAUUGGAGCAAGAAAACAGGGUACUCUUAGGAAACUAGCAAAGAAGCGGUGAUAUUUCAACAACCAUUGCUGUCAACCCGUCUGUGCCAAUGGGAACUCGAGAAGUUUUCACCAUUUAAUUUCCGUGCUUGCAUCUUGACAAUUCCCUCUGUAGCGUAAAGGUGAUCAUCAAUUCAACAUUUACCUGAGACGUAGGCAUUGAUUACUCGUGGUGGAGUCUUCUCAUCAACGUCCAAUAUCUACGCAGUGCUACAAACAAUCUUAUACCAUGCGCUGCACUAUUCUGAAAAGUACGCAGGAGCACGCUGACUUUGGAAUACACUAGAGACGGUCGGCUUAACGCCCCAACUUAACCGCUUGCUAUCGAUGUGGUUGGACUUGCUGUUCAUUUUCAUUAAUUUCAAAUUCAGUGAGGGACGACUCAGGUCGUUCCUGUCAGUUUCGCAUAUAAACAUUCUUGUUAAUCGCUGAUGAUUGUCAUUAUGAAUUUAGGAAGUUGGUUUAGCAUAUUUAAUCGUCCCUAGAGUUAAAAAUUUGGAAUAUCGCGCAAUAAAUGUCGCGAAAAUUUGUAGUAUUUGAAUAGGACGUCGGAUUCAGUUGUAGUUCCAAUUUUAUGAAGGAAUGGAGCACUCCAAAGAUUUUAAUUGUAAUGGAGCAGUUAAACACAUCCCCGAGGAACGCGCACCUUGUUUAGAAUCGAACAUGAAAAAUAAGAGGAAUUCUGUGGAAAAAGUGGAUGUGACAGUACAUUUAUAUAACAAUGCGGGGUGUUCAGGACUGUGGACUCCAAGGGAAAAAUACUUGACUGUUGUUUGUAUAUUGCUGUUCUGUGCUUGUAUUGCAUUUAUCGCUGUGGCAUUCAUCAGAGACCACCAAGAUACGACAUCAAAUGUUUGUUUAACCAAAGAUUGCAUUGAAACCGCUUCGCAGCUUCUGGAGUCUAUGGACCCAGCCACAGAUCCCUGUCAAGACUUCUAUCAAUACGCCUGUGGCAACUGGAACAAAAAACACAUCAUUCCGGACGAUCGGCCAAGUUUUAAUACGUUUGAGAAGCUUCACGACGAUUUACAAAUCAAACUCAGGAGUUUAUUAGAGGAGGGAGCACGAGACUACGACAGCGUCGUGACAUCAAAGGCCAAGCGCUUAUACCGAUCCUGCGUCAACACGAGUAGAAUAGAAGCGGUGGGCGACGUUCCCCUGCGUCGAGUGAUUGCCUUGCUUGGGGGCUGGCCAGUGGUGGAGAAAACCUGGAAUGGGGACCAUUUUCUGAUUGAAGAUGUUUUGGGCAUAGUGAGGGCCAACUUUACCAGCAGCACCAUCCUGUUCUGUUCUGUGGCGGCAGACGAUAAAAAUUCCUCAUCCAACAUUAUACAGAUAGACCAGCCGGACUUUGGGAUGCCGAGUCGCGAAUAUUACCUUCAUGAUCCGGGAUCCGAUUACAUCCGGGCCUAUCUACAAUAUAUGAUAGACACCGCAAUUCUUCUUGGGGCCAAUCCGACGGAUGCCGAGAGAGAAAUGAAACAAGUGUUUCAGUUUGAGACGAAAAUCGCCAAUAUAACCAAGCCGUCGUCAGAGAGACACGACACAGGCGCCAUCUACAAUAAAAUGUCCAUCGGAGACCUGCAGAGAGAUGUUCCCAAAUUUCAGUGGUUACAGUAUUUUUCAAAGUUCCUGCCUUUUAAACUGAGCCACAAUGAAAAUCUCGUUUCAUUUGCACCCGAGUACAUGAGAGAUAUGUCCGAGUUGUUGGCCGUCACAGACAAAAGAAUCAUUGCCAAUUAUGUAGUGUGGCGAGUUGUAUUGGAAUUCCUGCCGGAUUUACCGGAAGUUUAUCAGAAAGUUCGCCGAGAAUACAGAGCCAAGUCUCAGGGAAUAACGAGAGACAAGCCACGGUGGCAGAAAUGUGUGGAAUUAACCAAUGAAGAAAUGGGCAUGGCAGUAGGGGCUAUGUUUAUCCGGGAAAACUUUCGGAAAGAAAGCAAAGAUGCUGCACUGAAUAUGAUCCACAAUCUGAGAGAGGCGUUUAAUGAACUAUUAAAUGAAAACGACUGGAUGGACGAGUCAACUCGUAAAGUGGCAAGAGUAAAGGCAUAUGCUAUGAAUGAAAGAAUUGGCUAUCCUGAAUUUAUCAAAAACGUAUCUAAACUGAAUACCAAAUACGAAAAACUUCAUGUUGGCUCGGAAUACUUGUCUAAUCUUCUAAAUAUCAAACGGUUUGAAGUGGCGUCUGCAAUGAUGAAACUUCGCAAAGCUGUGGACAAAGAUCAAUGGGAACAAGAUCCUGCAGUUGUCAACGCAUUUUACAAUCCCAAUACUAAUGACAUUGUAUUUCCUGCUGGUAUAUUACAACCCCCGUUCUACAGUGAUAGAUAUCCAAAGUCGUUAAACUAUGGCGGGAUAGGUGUUGUCAUAGGGCAUGAGAUCACGCACGGAUUCGAUGAUAAAGGUCGACAGUACGAUAUAACUGGAAACCUGAAGCAGUGGUGGAAAAAUGAAACAAUCGACGCCUUCAGACACAGAGCACAAUGCAUGAUAGACCAAUAUUCCAGCUACAAACUGGAGCAGAUAGGACUCAAUAUUGAUGGGAAAAAUACACAAGGAGAAAACAUUGCCGACAAUGGAGGACUCAAGCAAGCUUAUCGGGCGUACAUGCAAUGGUUAGAAAAGUAUGGUCCCGAGAAAGAUCUACCAGGUAUUGGGCUGUCCCACAAACAGUUGUUUUUCCUUAACUACGCACAGAUAUGGUGUGGAAGUAUGCGAGACGAAGAAGCGUUAGAGAAAAUAAGAACUAGUGUUCACAGUCCAGGUUCAAUAAGGGUUUUAGGACCUCUCUCCAAUUCCUAUGAUUUUUCGGAAGCAUUUCGAUGUCCGCUUGGCAGUCGCAUGAACCCAGAGAAGAAGUGUCACAUUUGGUGAUCUGAAAAAGCAACUACACUCCUCCCAUAUCCCUUACAAAUGGGAAAAGAAUUAAUUCGAUGCCAAGCUUGUUUUGAUGAAAAGCAAACGCAAAUGGCACAACACUACGAGAUUUGGAAAGCAAUAAAACAAAGGCAAUCAUUAUGCUUUGUUCAUUUUGUGAAGCAUUUCCAGAUUAAAUAUCAAAUACCGUGGUAAUUUGAUAGCACAUUAUGCUUUCAAGCAAUGAGAUUAAAAUGCAAUAUAUUUUAUGGUACCCUAACUAUGUUGAUGAUGAUGAGUAAAUACAUUAUGUCAUUCAAUUACAUUUGUACAAAGUCAUAAGCAUAAUCUGUGUUUAAUCAAUCUUCUGUAAAUUUUAUGUAUCUAAUCGUACUUUUUACAUAAUGUUGGCAAUGUACAGAGAAUUAAGAUAUCUUUUCCGUGUAGCUACUUCCAUGAAAUUUAACACUACAUGUCACUAUUGGAUAUUGAAAAGUCGGACAUCUGCAUCUUUAGAAACCCAUUUAGACCAGUUUGAUUCCUCUUUCAUUGAUUUCACUAGGAUAAAUUGUAAACUUAUUCAAUACCAACCGUCGAAGUUUUCUUUAAAAAAAACACCUUUUUAUCAUAUUCGAGGUUUGGUUAUCAUUUCAAUGAAGUUUCCCCCGUUUAAUAUUUUCCUCACACCUAUCCCAGCCAAUGAUGCACAAAAUGAAAAAAGAAAAUAAUUCAUGUCAAUGAAUAAAUUUUCCACUAGUUCCUGGAAAGUUGUUUAGGUGUUAUUUCUGUGAAGAAUGGUACAUUAGUCAUUGGUAGACAGUGUUUUCUCGAUAUCAUUGACAAUAUUAUCGUUAGAGUCUAAGCUGAUACAACCUGAUAUCUAAUGAUAAUGAAAACUUGUUUAUUGUUAUAAGCCUUCAUUAAUUGUUGAUAUUGCAUUCAUUGUUUUCACCUGUUCUUUUUAUAUGUUAGUACAAUAUAGUAACUUUGCAUGUAUGUACACAUUUUGUAAAUAAAAUGUAAAGUUAAA